AUGAAUAAUCACGUAAAGUUUAUUAAUCAAAAGCGUGCGACUUUAAAGACGCAAAUUACAAAACUCGAGAGAAUCGUGGAGACCGGGGAAUUGGAUCCCUCAAACAUCAAGACGCGCGCAGAUCGUUUGAGGGAACAAUUUCGUACAUACGAAGAAUUACACGACGAACUCGCGUUAUUAAUCGAAACCGAAGGUGAUCAGAGCGACGAUUUCGACGAAUUACAGGACCGAUUUUAUGCAAUCAUUACAAAGAUCGAGGCAGAUUUCUCAUCAACAAUGCCUCAGCCUCCGAGUGCAUUAAACACGACCUCUCUGCCGAUCGACGGCACCCGUCGACUCAAAUUACCAGUCGCCGACCUCCCUAAAUUCGAUGGGAACAUUGAAAAAUGGUUAUCGUUCAAAAACACUUUUCUCACGAUGAUCGAUUCUCGCGAGGAUAUAACGAGGCUACAAAAAUUCCUAUAUCUAAGGAACUGUCUCGAGGGCGACGCGCUAAAUAAAAUCCUCAUUUAUAACGUGAGCGAGGAAAAUUACGAGACCGCAUGGAAGUUGCUGUUGGACUCGUACGACAAGAUUCGAAUUCUGAUCGUAAAACAUCUUGACGCAAUUCUCGAUUUGCCGGCAUUAACAAAGGCGACGCAUCAGGGUCUAGCGCGACUCGUCGACGACAUGCGACAACACGUGAAUAUGCUCGCAUCAAUGAAGGUGACACCGGACGAGCAUUUAUUGGUCCGAAUAAUCGAACGCGCCUUGCCCAAUAAUAUUCGGGUGAAAUGGGAAGAAACACUCAAUCUCGACACCCCACCAACCCUCCAGCAAAUCUACAAAUUCGUCUCUGAAGCCGCCUUUCGUUUGUGUGCACUCGAGCAGAAUGCAUCGCGGUCGAAUCAAGAAACGAAUAUUAAACGACCACUCUCGAAUAACAAAGAUCAAAGUGGAUUUAAGACUCGACGAGGGGAAAACGGCGUACGCACACUUGCUACCGGUGCGUCCGCAAAAUGCAUAGUAUGCAAGAAGGAAAGUCAUCCAGUAUAUCGGUGCCGCGCAUUUCAAAAAAUGACGGUCCAGCAACGGUGGGAUUUCGUCAAAAAUUCAACUCUAUGUAAAAACUGUUUGCGUUUACAUGGCGGCAAAUGUAAAGCGACGCACUGCAGAAGUUGCCCGAGAUUUCAUCAUACGAUGUUGCACCAAGAUUCUCCUGCUGCACUUACUCACACGAGUCAAAAGGCGGAAGAAUCAUCAAACACUAUCAACGAUUCGACAACAAAGGUAAAUUCGACACGUCACGAAAUGAUUGCACACAGUUUCACGUCGCGAGCUUUGCAGUCACAGUUAAUGUUAAGCGCUCAAAUUCGUAUUAGAAACAGGCGCGGUCAGUAUAUAAAAUGUCGCGCAUUAUUAGAUACCUGUGCGACGGCCCAUUUUAUAACGGAAGAUCUCGUAAAGAAGUUGAAAUUACCGAUACGAGAGUGUUCGAUCUCGGUGGGAAUGAUUGAUGACGCGAAUACAAUUGCUACGGGCACCGUCGAAUGCACGUUUUAUUCGAGACAUAAUAAUUUCAACAAAACUCUCACAUUUCUGAUCAUCCCGAAAAUCGCUGAUAGCGUACCGAACGAAGUCUUUCCUCGCGAAUCAGUCGACAUACCGCGGAAUUUAAAAUUAGCCGAUCCACAAUUUCAUGUGCCUCAAAAAAUCGACGUCCUUAUCGGUUCGGGAACGACGUUGUCAUUAUUGUCAAUCGGACAAUGUAAUUUAUCUCAGGACGAUUGCGACCUUUUCUUACAAAAAACACAGCUCGGAUGGGUGGUCGCCGGCGGACGAACGGACACCACGGUCGGAAAACGAGCCUCGUGUCAGUUAAUCGAAUUGAAAGAACAGAUAGAGAAAUUUUGGUUACUCGAUGAUGCAAACGCGAGUCAGAUCAAAUCGUCAGAAAAUACGGAUUGCGAGACUCAUUUCAAUCGAACCGUAGCUCGUAGUUCGGAAGGACGAUAUGUCGUUCGUUUACCGUUUCGUAGCGCGGAGCGAGAUCUCGGCGAGUCACGACCAGUAGCAUUGCGACGAUUCAACAGCUUACAAAAAAGACUUAACGCGGAUCCGAAUCGCAAACAAGAAUACAAUCUCGUUAUGAGCGAAUAUAUCGAGCUAGGCCACAUGUCGCUCGUGAUCGAUGAAUCGCAACCCGGGUAUUAUAUCCCACAUCACAUGAUUAUAAAAUUGACGAGUACGACGACAAAGACUCGAGUGGUUUUCGACGCGUCCGCUAAGACUGAUAAGGGAAUAUCACUUAACGAUGCGUUGAUGGUCGGCCCGACUAUUCAAUUAAAAUUAGUUGAGCAUCUGCUACGAUUUCGCGGCCAUAAAUAUGUAAUCACCGCGGAUAUCGCGAAGAUGUAUCGUCAGAUUUGGAUUCAUCCCAGCGACCGUCGUUACCAACGAGUUUUUUGGCUUCAUCAUGGAGAAACCCGCGUAUUCCAACUAAACACGGUAACGUUCGGCGUGGCGUCAGCACCGUUUCUCGCGAUACGAACAAUACAGAGACUCGCGAGCGAUGAAAGCGCGAAUUAUCCGAGGGGCGCUAAAGCUUUGACACGUGACUUAUACGUCGACGAUUUAUUGUCGGGAGCAGAUAAUUUGGAGGAGAUCGUACAAAUUCGAGACGAAGUCAUCGAAAUAUUAAAGCGUGGUGGAUUCGACAUUCGACAAUGGGCGUCAAAUCAUCCACAAGCUCUGAACGAUUUAACCAAAAGGACCGCGAAUAUCGAAUUUUUGAUAGAUGAAAAUCCCGUGCACAAGACACUCGGUCUCUCGUGGAACGCGCGGGACGACCACCUGCUGUACACGGUGAAACGUAUCGAGCCAUGCGAAAGGGUCACUAAACGAUACAUGUUAUCAGAAAUCGCGAAAAUUUACGGCCCCCUUGGUUUGCUCGGUCCGGUCAUUCUCGUCUCGAAGGGGUUUAUGCAGCAAUGUUGGAAGGCUAAAACAACCUGGGACGAAUCCGUGCCCAGCGCGUUAGACUCCACGUGGAGAUCGUUUGCCGAACAACUUUCAUUGAUCGACAAUCUGAAAAUUGAUCGAUACGUUUCGAUAAAUGAUCCCAUCGACAUUCAGAUUCAUGGGUUUUGCGACGCAAGCAAGAAAGGCUACGGGGCUUGUAUAUACGUGCGGUCGUCAGUAGGACGUGUCGCUCCACUAAAGGAGCAGACGAUUCCCCGACUCGAGCUUUGCGGCGCACUGACACUUGCUCGGCUCUAUCACGAGGUCAUCGAGGUCAUGACUUUUCGCGUUCGGAAGACAAUUUUUUGGUCAGACUCGACAACAGUAUUACAAUGGCUUAACAAACAUCCAAGCGUGUUAAAAGUAUUCGAAGCGAAUCGUAUCGCGGAGAUACAAGAGAUCAGUAAAAACGCCAUGUGGCGGUACAUCCGCACCGAUCAAAACCCAGCGGACGCGUUGUCGAGAGGUCAGUUGCCUCGGGAAUUUUUAAACAACGAGUCAUGGUUUCGAGGACCUUCGUGGUUGUCCCAGCCCGAAUCCACUUGGCCGCAAGUUACCGUAACGCCUCAAAAGGACCUACCGGGAAUCAAAAAAUUGUUUUGCAUGGCCUCGCAAGUACAAUCGGAGGAAAUUUUCAAAAGGUUUUCGUCAUAUACGCGAUUAGUUCGCGUCAUUGCGUAUUGCUUGCGUUUUCGACGCGAAAAUAAAGUCAGGGGCGCUUUGACGAUCGAAGAAACAAACGAGGCCGAACAGCGCGUUGUUCGACUAAUUCAACAAGCGCAUUUUCAAGACGAGAUCGAUCGCCUGUUAUCUGAAGGAAAGGUGAAAUGUGCGAAACUUGGAUCUCUCAACCCGGUAGUCGAUGAAAGGGGUUUGCUUCGCGUCGGUGGUCGCCUAAACAAGGCUGAAAUUCCACUGAACCAAAGAAAUCCAAUGCUCCUUCCAUCUCGAAACCACGUUACCGAUCUUUUAAUUCGACAUACCCACGAAAAAUUCUAUCACACCGGAAUUCAAUCGACGUUAUACAACAUUCGACAGAGAUUCUGGAUAGUGGACGGUCGGAAUCAAAUACGAAAAAUCGUUCGACAUUGCGUGAGGUGUAUCCGGUUUCGGGCCGUACCAGGAGCGUACAAAAUGGCUGACUUGCCAAACGCGAGGGUAACCAACGCAGCUACGUUCUAUCAUACGGGAGUAGAUUAUUUCGGUCCCAUACUUAUUAAGGAAAAAAAACAUCGGAAUCGGAAUAGCGUCAAGGUAUACGGCUGCAUAUUUAUUUGCAUGUCAACUAAGGCGAUCCAUGUAGAAAUCGCAAGCGACCUAUCGACCGAGGCCUUCCUAGCGGUGCUACGACGAUUCGUAAGUCGGCGGGGGAUUCCGGGCCAUAUUUAUUCCGAUAACGGGACGAAUUUCGUCGGUGCGAAUAACCACUUUCGCGAAUUUUACGCCGUGAGAGAAUCCGAAGAAUUUCGUUCUCAACUUUACGAAUUUACUUCCACGCGCAAAAUCGAAUGGCAUUUUAAUCCACCCUUGUCCCCCCAUUUCGGAGGUAUUUGGGAGGCGGCGGUCAAAUCGUGUAAACACCAUCUAAAGCGCGUAAUGUGCGAUCAUCUGUUUACAUACGAAGAGUUGGCCACUCUAGCAAUCGAAAUCGAAGGCAUUCUGAACUCGCGCCCAUUAUGCUCAAUUUCUACAGAUCCAAACGAUCCAAUCGCGUUAACUCCAGCACACUUUCUUGUCGGUAGACCCCUCACUGCUCUGCCGGAAAAUGAUUUUUCAAAUGUUCCAGACAACCGACUGUCUUCGUGGCGACUGAUCUCUAAAACCCGACAGGAGUUAUGGCGCAGAUGGCAACUCGAAUACCUCAGCGAAUUACAGAGACGACAAAAAUGGAUAAAUCCAACCAAAAACAUCGCGUUAGACACUGUAGUCCUACUCAUAGACAAAAAUCCACCAUGUAUGCAAUGGCGAAUGGGUCGAGUGGUAAAAUUGCAUCCAGGAGAUGAUGGGGUGGUCCGAGUCGUCACAGUUCAAACACCUCAAGGAAUCUACAAGCGCAAUAUGAAAUCGAGGAUAAAGUUCCGAAAAGCCCAUAUGCCGGAUCAACUUGAAAUUUUGUAUACAUACGUUUUUGACCCUUCUGAGCACGAAUACGACAUUGAAAAUUGGCGCAAAUUUGAUCUUCAAGGUCAAAACUCAAAAAAAUCGGCCCAGUACACUGCAAUGGUUGCGCGACGUAGACCUGAUCCCGAGCACGCGAUAUUGUGCGAAACACAGAAAGAAUAUGACGUUGAACGAGUCGAGACUAACAUGCGGAGAAUUUAUGUGUCAAAAGUACGCUUCGCGAUCAAUCUCACCUUCGAACAAACUAUCCGAGAGAGUAGUAUAGUAGAAGGGCAACAAAUAUCCCGGGAGACCGUUGCCGAUAGAUUCUCCUUCUGUCGAGAGGUGUGUAUGAUUGCUCUCGACGUACAAUUUGAAAACGAAGGCAAAAUCGGAGGUCCAGGCGAGGUCGUUGAAAUCGACGAGUGUAAGAUAGGGCGGAGAAAAUAUGAAAGAGGUCGCGUCGUCGAAGGGUCGUGGAUCUUGGGCAUGAUCCACAGAGGGCAUCCUAAUGAGUACCGACUGGAGAUCUGUCCUAAUAAUAAAAGAGACGAGGAGACUCUGCUCUCUUUAAUUCAAAAGCAUGUGGCCAUCGGGACAGAAAUCCAGACGGAUUGCUGGAAAAGUUACAAGAACCUGAGCGAUCACGGAUAUAUCCACAAAACAGUGAAUCAUUCCGAAGAGUUCGUAAACGAAGAAACCGGGGCACAUACCCAAAACAUCGAGUCGUCGUGGCGGUGGAUGCGUCGAUCGCUGUCACGGGGAGGCGUGAAUAAAGACAACAUUGGCGACCACCUUUGUGAGUUCAUGUGGCGCCGUCGAAUAAAGAAGAUGAACAUAGAUCCGUUCACUCAACUUAUUCGAGACAUCAGGCUGGUGUACCCUGGUAUCGAAAAUUAA